ACGUAAACAAGCCAGCAGAAAUUUCGAAAUGUUAACAUUAAAUUGAGUUUAUCUACAGUUUCUGGCACAAUUUUAAGUAACUAAGCCUAAACCCCAAAAAAGUAGAUCCACAUUGAGCCGGAAUCAUGGAAAACGGGACGGAAAAGUGUUUCAUAUGUGUCGAGGAGACGUCGCUCUUCUUCAGGAACCUGUUGCAGAUUACGACAAAAUAUUCGGGAACUACCAUUUAUAAGGUAGUGGAACGUUUCCUGGAAAGCGAUUUGACCCAGAACGAAGCCAGUCUGAUGACAGCAGUGAUUUGUCACGAGUGCAUGGUAAAGCUGAACGAUUACGAUGCGGCCUACACCAAGGCGGUGAUCAUCCAGCAGGAGUUUACGGAUUUGCUGCGCAAGAGCUUGGCAAUGGCCGGGAACGACAGAGUCGUGCUGGAUUCAGCAAGUCUGAAGGAAGAAGAAGAAGAAGAAGAACAGCGCAGUGAAAGUUCUUCGGCCGAUUAUCUUGUUGAGCUGGAACAAAUUCCUGAAGAGGAGGAUGAGGAUGAAGCUUAUAGUGAAUCGGCAAAGGACGAAGACACAGUUACCGAUACAAUGACUGAUAACGAUACCAAAAGUGUUGGAAAGUUUGUAUCCAUGAAAUGUAACACUUGUGGGAUGAGCUUUUCGUCUAUCGAUGAAAUGAAAGAGCACUCUCAUCGAAAAACGAGUACAUCCAGUGAUGAUCUCCACCUGGCUGUCCUUGAAUAUGAGGAAGUUGAAGACAAAGAAGCAGGAGAAACGCGUGAAGAUUUUGUCGUUGACGAUAUUGAAUAUAUAGAUGAAGAACGACUGGAAGACGAUGAAGCCGAAAUCCACGAAAAUUUUCCACAAAUUCAAAAGGAUGAUGUGGAAGACAUAAAUGCGCUUCAGGACAAGUCGGAAGUAGUCAACAAAAUUCCAAAGAAGCGAAUUUUUUACAGGAUUGUCAAGUGUUUGGAAUGCAACGUUCAAUUCAGCUCCAAAGUUCAGUUGAAGCGUCAUCAAAAUGAGCAUCACUUGAAAGAGGCUGAUCUCGCGGACUCCGCGUUGCAUGUUUCGCACACAUGUGAUAUCUGUGGCCUAACAGUUAAGACCAAAUCUGCGUUGGCAUCCCACGUUGCCAAACAUAAUCGAACGUCCAACUUCGAUUGCACGUUCUGCGGGAAAAAGUUUAAUCACAAGGGAGCACUCACCAGACAUGUACCUAUGCAUACCGGUGAAAAACCAUACCAGUGCGAUACGUGUGGCAAACAGUUCAUUCAUUAUUCCUCGUUUCACAUGCACAAACUAACCCACGGAAAUAUCCGAGAGAAGAAGUGUGAAGUUUGCGGCUACAUGUUACGGUCUAGUUCUCAUCUGAAGCGCCACAUGCGGGUACAUUCCGGUGAGAAACCUUUCGCCUGUCCCACGUGUGGGCAAAAGUUCGCCCAAAGGUACAAUAUGAUGACCCACCUGAAGGCCCACCAGGGAAUCUACAGGGAGUAUGCCAAGGAGUACAAGUGCCCCCUCUGUGAUGAGAAAUAUCAACGUAAACUCGCUUUGCAGGAACACUUAACACGUACACAUAACACCGUGCUCGAUUCUGCUUUUCUGAAACCAGCAGUCAAACCGCCUAAUAAAAAGCCAGAGGUUAAGAUUGAAAUGGUCGAGUUCGUUAGUCCAGGACUCGAAAGUGAUGGCGAAAAUUUCGGAUAGUUUUAGUAGUUUUAGGCAUAAUAGUUAGAUUGUUUGGUUGAAUGUUGUAAUAAAAUAUUCGAUUUGAACUUCAAUUA